CAGGUUUAUAAGAAGCGAUGGUAUAUGCUAUUUAUGUUCUCGGCGUUUGCAGGCAUUCAAGCCUUGGUAUGGAUAUUCUGGGGACCUAUAGCUGCCACGACAGAACAUGCUUUCGGUUGGAAGGAUUCAGACAUAGCAUUCUUCAACAACUGGGGACCCAUAACUUUUAUUCCUAUGGCUCUUCCUUUAGCAUGGCUCACAGACCGAAAAGGAUUACGCCCCACUGUUAUAACUGGAAUGGUUUUAGUGACAGUAGGGUCUGGUAUUAAAUGUAUCACUACAAAUCCAGAUUAUAUUCUCUGGAUAACACAUAUUGGACAGGCACUGAAUGGUAUGGCAGGACCUAUUGCCAUGGGAACAACAACUACGGUAUCAGCUGUGUGGUUUCCUCCCGACCAGAGAGCUACGGCCACCUCCAUCAUGUACAGUUCUCAAUCUUUUCUUAUUGCCAUCUCUUUUAUAUUAGGUAAGGGAUAUAGUCCUCUAGGUUUUAGUAGAUUGAAGUCGACUUUUCUACUGGUGGAUAUUUGUAUUUUAGUAUUUGGUAUUUGUGGAGUAAUACUCAUCACAAUGGUGUUACAUUUUCCCAGUAAACCGAAACAUCCGCCCAGUAAUUCUGCUUCCAAAAUCAGACUCGACUAUAUAGCAGGAAUGAAACAGCUUAUCAGGAAUAGACAGUUUUGGUUGGUGGCGCUCAUCUAUGGCACUUCAACCGGUACCAGAGACGCCUGGAGUUCCAUGCUAGAUGUCAAUUUUAAAGCUCAUCACGUUAGUCAGGUACAAGUGGGGUGGAUAGGUUUUGUAUCGGCCAUGGCUGCCGUCAUCUCGACAAUCAUCAUUGCCAGAUUUGCUGAUAUUUAUAAAAGGAAAAUGAAAUUGUUUUUGAUAUUUCUGUUUAUCUCUACCACUGUAAUGUAUGUAUGGUUGGUUUUGACUCUACUCGAUAUUUUAACAUUUAAUACAAAAAGUCUGUUUGCCUCCAAUGUAUUAGCGAGUUUAUUAAACGGUGCCACAUCUCCGAUAUUUUAUGAACUGUGCUGUGAGAUAACCUAUCCAGUAGACGAGUGUAUCACCAGCGUCAUCCUAACUUUACCAAGUUCUAUAGCCUCUCUUAUUUCCCUUGGGACUAUUCUACGUACAGAAGAUUGGUAG